GCUCUUCAGACCGGGGAAGCAUCCUUGGUGGAUGAGGAGGAAUUGGUCAAGAACCCGGAGGGAUUAAAGGACCUAGUGCAGCACUUAAGAGACCCGGUAGAGCAGGGGUUGCAGAAAAUGAUCUUGGCCAUUAACGCUAAGUUUCCCGUUAAGGAUCAUCAGAACUGCCAAUGCACUUCUGGCCGCUCGCUGCUAGAUGGGCAGCUGAGGCAAAUCCUGAAUAGGUGGAUAGAGGCACGCUACGCGGCACCGCAUUCGAGCAUACCCGAGGGCCACGUGUUGGUGACCAGGGAGGGUAAUUUGGUUGAGCUUGACGAGGAAGCGUCGGUUCAGGAGGAGGAUUUCAGAAAUGAGUGGGGAUCGCUCAACCACGUGUUCGCGGUCCCAGGAGCGGUGGAACUGUGGAGGAAUCCCCACGCAGUCCGGAAGCAUUCAGAUUGGAUUUUAGUAGCCUAUACACCCCUUGGUUCGGCAAAGCUCGGAGAAGAAGACUGGGCUAGGUUAAGGCAGUGUCACCAAGCGCAGGAUCGUGUGGCCCGGCAGAAGGAUUCGUACACGACUACGAUAGGCUGGGACGUCACCAAUGGCCCCGGAGAUUAUCCCAGGCUCUCCCAGCAUGGAGUCGAAGAGCCAUCUGACCUUCCCUUUCUAUAUGAAGAGGACUUGCUUGAAAUGGGAAUUCCUACCCAGGUAGGUGCCAGGGGCCGAUGGGACGUUCCUGAGGAGAUUGGUGCAGACCCAACGGAUUCACCCAGGUUGCCGGUGAUGCUGCAACUAGCCCGUGCACCAGCGCAGCUUCAAGCAGUGCAUUCGUCCAGGUCCGUUUUAAUUAUGAGUGCAGGACAGUCAGGUCUAGUGGUCCUUGUUACCGCUGUGAGUGCAGGACAGUCAGGACCCCUAAGGAUAGGAGUUCCCCUGGAUGACCCGUUGACCGCAUUAGGGUCCACUAAGAUCCCUGAUAGUGCAACCCGUGUGAGCCGAGUUGAGGAGGCAAUGUACACUCCGAAUGUAGAAAGAUUGCUGGAGUCAUUGACCAGCCCGUUAGAGGUAAUUCAUAAUGUAGCACCGGCAGAGGUGCGUGAGCAUCUAGAGCGCUGGCGUCAGGCGGCUGAAACUGAAGUGAAGUCUCUUGAGACGCUGGGUGCGAUAAGACGCCUUAAGGGACGUGAAGCCAGAGAACUGUUGAGGGAUGGAACUGUAGAAACAGUCCCGGCCAAGGCAGUGUGCACCAUUAAGCCAGGGGCACCCUAUAAGAGGAAGAUGAGAGUGGUGUCCUGCGGCAACUAUGCCACAGGAACUGACGAAGCUUCUCUCUACGCCGGCGGGGCCGGCGCGGAAUCCCUGCGCGCGCUACUGGUGCACGGCGGGCGACGUGGACGGCGGUGCUUUUGCACUGACAUAAAAACGGCGUUCCUGCUUGCGCCGAUACCGGCGCAUGUGUCAAGGCGAUAUGCGGUUAAGCCGCCGCGUGUCCUAAUCGAGCUCAACAUCUGUGAUCCGAGCGAAAUCUGGCUGAUCCAGAAGGCUCUUUACGGAUUCCGUGAAUCGCCCAAAUGGUGGGCAAUCCACCGUGACAGCGUGCUCGAGACCGCACAAUGGUCCUCUGGAGGCGAACAUUUCCACCUCCAGCAACUGCGGAGCGAGAGUAACAUCUGGGCGAUUGUUUCCAGUUCCGGCGCCUGCGCAGGACAUUUGCUCAUCUAUGUCGACGACCUGUUGUUGGUAACCGAGGAAUUUAUAGCUUGUGACUUUGUGAAGUGGAUUAAGGCCCGAUGGGAUUGCACGGAGUUGUCCACUGCCACAGAAGACAGCCCGUUGAAAUUCCUAGGGGUCGAUAUCUACGAGGUUAGAGACAAGCACGGCUUGGUUGGCUUCCGUCUCGGCCAGGAGGGAUAUAUUGAUGAGUUGUUGAGGAGCCACGACGUCGUCGCUAGCGCCAGAGCUACAACGCCGGUCCCCAAGGAUUGGGUUCGGGAGGCCCCUGAGGCCGAGCAGUUCUCGCAGGCGGAGCUCAGGUCCGCCCAGCGAAUAACAGGCGAAUUACUUUGGGUGGCUCAGCGCACGCGCUUGGACCUGGGUUUCUGUGUUGGGCUCAUGUCGAGUUGGACGACGAAGGCCCCUUCGCAUGUAUCGAAGAUUGGAAUGCGUGUGCUGCAGUUUCUGGCGGCAACAAAGACUCAAAGGUUGUCACUAGUGCCCGGAAGGGCCAAUGGCUUAAGCAUGUACUCAGACGCAUCGUUUGCUCCGUACGGGGAUCAUAGCAUUUCUGGCAUACUGCUUCAAUAUGAUGAAGUUGGAGUGGUGUGGAAAUCCCGCAAGCAGACGCUGGUGACGUUGAGCACAGCUGAAGCAGAGCUAGUGGCAGCGUGCGAUGCCGUAGUACUGGGGCAGUCCCUUGCCGCGCUAGUUGAUGAGCUAGAGGGCACAUCCACGAGUAAGAGGUUACUCGUAGAUAAUGACAUGCAAGCCCGCGGCGAGCUCAUUGUCGAGCACUGCCCUGGGGAAGUCCAGCUCGCGGUAGCCCAGGUUCUUGCCAACCCAGUAGAAUCCCCACUCGAGCCAGUAGCCAAUGAUAGGGAACCUGAGCAGCCAGCGGUGCCCAUGCAGGCUAGGGUAGGUCUUGUGCUUGUGCUGCUGCUGCUGCAAGCUGAGCUUGGCGAAGCAACCAGCCCUGUGUCUGAAGACCUCACCGAACCGUUGGGUGUAGAGUUAUCCCUGUUGUUGGUGAUGAUGACCUUAGCCAUGCUGUUUGUGUGGGAGUCGUCCAAGCAGUGCGUUCGUGCGUGUUGCACGCGUCGUUUGGAUGGUGAAUAUGGAGUGAGAGCCGUGACGGCAGAUGACAGUAACGAUGAGCCGUCUAGCCGCAGAGGGAGACGCCAGCAGGCGGUUAGAAGGGCUAUUGAAAGGGAGGUUCAAGACGAGGGAUUGAGGCUUAG